GGAGAAGCUUUUGUGCUAAAAGAAUGCAUUUACCUGAAGUGUGCGUAGUCAAAUGUCAGUGUAAUAUAAAUAAAACAUCCAGUGCACAAAUUCGGACUCAUCCAAGCAAAAAAUGCAGCGAAAUAUAACGCAAUCCAAGGAAGCUCUACUGAAGUCGUACAAUACUCGUUUGAAGGAAGAUGUUCGAAGCAUGUUGGAAAAUUUUGAAGAAAUAGUGCGCCUGGCUAAAGGCGAAAACGAAACUCAGCUCUCAAAAAUGACCCAAUGUGAGCAGGACACAUAUGAAAUGCAAGUGCGAGCUUCUAAUAUAGUGCGAGCAGGUGAAUCGCUAAUGAAGCUCGUAUCGGACAUCAAGCAAUACCUCAUCCUGAAUGAUUUCCAUUCGGUGAAUGACGCGAUUUGCAGCAGUUCACAGCUUUACCGAAGCACACAGAUGGAUCGGGACAACAAGUUGAUGGCGGUUCGGGACGAUAUGGCGGCGGAUUUGUAUGACUUGGAAGAGGAAUACUACACGAGUAUGUACAAGUAAUUAGUGUGGGCAAUACAUUUUAAUGUUAGGUUA